AUGCGCCAAGUCCCAGAGUGUUUCAAGCGCCGCUACCAAGCCAUGGACGCGCUGGUGACAGACCUGAGCUCGGAGACAAACCAGUCCAAUGAGACUGGCGACCCUGACGCCAAAGACGACUACGGCUUCAAACUCAUGUGCAAGUUUUGGAAUAUUCUGAAAGAGGAUCAUGUCUGUGAUUUGCAAAAUGUAAUUCAGCAGAGGACAGAAGGAGGAAAUAGUGGCAUAUAUGGGUCACAGAUCCCGUGCUACCAAAUGGGUAAAAACGACCCAAAUCCCCCAAAAGUAACAUGUGGCAAAGGUUCCUGUGCAAAAACCGUCGAUCCCGAAUCGAAAGCGUCAGGCACUUCGUGUUGUGAUAAAAAAACUAAGCCGGAGAGUCCACGAGGGACUUGCUGUCCCACAAGUGGCACUGUACCAGUGACGCCUCUUUCACAGGCGCUAGAGAACAUGAAGCGGGCUGCUUCGACGGAGAAAAAGUGUUACGAGAAAGCAACAGAGCUUUUGUCUGUUCAAGAACACUUGAAGCUGCAAAUCGGUCGGUUAGAACAAAGAGAACAGGAUGAAAUUAAGCUAUUGAAUGAGGCAGAUACCAUUUGGAAUACCAUGGAGAACGAAUACAAGCAAAAGUUAGAACAGUCAAAGAAAAGACAAGAGGAUCUACUAAAAGAGCUAACCGAAGUCCAAGCGAGUGCAAGUAAGUGGAAAAAAAAUAAAAAAAAUCUUGAAGAACAGAUGUCAACAAUAGAUAAAUUUAUACUAGAAAUGAGAGAUACAUGCAGAAAGAAAACAAAUGACCUUAAAACCAUCGAAGUGGAGACGGCGGAUUUAGAACAAAAACUUGCGAGUAAUACGAAUGACAUAAAGACCGCAUCGGAAACGCUUGAAGCCAAAAGAAAGUGUCAUGAUGAUUGCAUGAAGAAAUUGACAGAGGAGUCAAAAAAAUUACAAAUUGUAAAAAAAAAAGAAGAACAACUGAAAAAAGAAAAAAAUGAGAAAGGCGACGAAUGUGUUAAAGAAGCGAGAGAAGAAUUAGCUCUGAUUUGCAGAGUUUUAUUGAAAAAGAAACUCGAAAAUGAAGAUCUCCGAGCAGAGGCAAAAGCCCUUGCGGAAGAAAUAGAUUUGCUUCAAAUAACAUGCGACACAUGUGGUGAAAAAUGCAAAAACAAGGAGCAGUCUUUGAAAUCGGAAAUCGCUAAGUGUGAAUACGAUAUUAAAGAAUUCAAAUUGAAGUGUACCAAGUGCCACGUAUCAAGUGAUACAGAUAAUCUAAGAAAAUAUUGUACUGACUGCCCUAGGUGUAAAGAAGAAAUAGAAACUUGUGCAUACAGUGGUGACACAUGUGAUGGACCUAUGAAGUCAUGUAUCUGCGUGAAUGUUAAAACCGAUUUUAUGAACAAUGUGUUUGACAAUAUGCAGACAGUAUUAGAAAGGCAAAUUAAUACUAAAUCUGGUAAAGUUGUGGCAGGUCAAGUUUUGCAAUGCUUGAAAAAUAGCACUAAUGGAAAGUUGGAUGGCGCAACUAGGAAAAAAUUGCAGGAAUUCAUUUUAGCAACAGUGAAAACUAAUUUGAAUCUGACUAUUAUUGGCGGUGCUGUCAAAACGCGCUGCGAAAUGGAUCCUGAUACAUACAAAGAGCUGAUGAAGUGUAUGAAUAUGAUUAAGAUUAAAAAACCAGAAAAAGCUGAUAAAGGAACUGAUGCAAGAAAGGAGCCCUGUGCCCGGUGGGGUGGUUCUAAUGAAUGCAAUUGCCCGAAAGGACCUAAGAAUUGUAUAUGUAUGAAAAAAGGUCCAAAGCGUGCUUCCGACCCAGAGCCUUGUGGGCAACUUGAAGAAGAUAAAGAAGAUAUUGGCCAGCUAUCAAUUUGUCCUCACAGGGCGAAUACUCCGUGCGGCCCCUUGUGUGGCAACGUCCCAAAGUCCGACGUAGUCAAAACGGUGGCGAAGUCUUACAAACCCAAACCUUGCUCCGGCGAAAAGUGCACGUUUAGUAGUAACAUGAGAGCAGCCCAGUGUACGCUGGGCAACGAUUGCAUCGACAACAGAGUAAUAGGGACCAAAGGAUACAAGACGAAAACCCCUAUUCAAAUUCAAGUUCCCUGUGAUAUGGGUCAGAUGUCGUGUGAUUGCUGCAGUCCUGCAUAUAAUACCUGCACUUGUUGCGAAAGUCUCCAUCAACUUCGUAAUGAAAUGAUCGAAGAAGCGUAUCGUGGUACCAUGUGGUAAAAGCCUGAGGUAAAAGUAACUUCUACACGCUCUGCACCUCCCUAUAAGUCAGAAAAUUCACCAAUAAGGAAAUUUUAAUUAUAGUUACAGACAGAAAAAUGAACAAAAAACGGGAAUUUCAACAAGAAAUCAUGUUGCCAUGUGAAGCAGAAUUUAAACAAAUGUUCUAUCAUAACAAUACGAUUCUACCGGUGACAGUUUUGGGUCAAAAUGGAAUAUCUGCAGAUUUUAAUGCAGAUCUCAUAAGAACAUAUUCUGGACACAUGAUAUUGGAUGUUAGAAGAUUGUCUGAUUAUGGUGAAAUUGCAAGCCCGAUUACAGAAUAUCCUGUAUCAUUAUACAAAACUAGUUCAAGUUAUAAGUUGAUGAUUAUUCAAAAUAAUAAACACGCGAAUGCAGUAUUAAGAAGAGGUUCCGCAGGGGAAAUGAACGUGUUAAUAAAAGACGUACAUGUGUCUCCAAAAAAUAAUAUUGGGACGCUAAAACCACAAGAAAAACUGGUCCGUGUAACAGUACAAAAUAAAGAAGGAAAAUAUUCUGAAAAUACUUUUCUAAGAGCAACUCCCUCAGGAAACUAUGAAUUUAUUUUAGAAAAGGAAUUUGAAAAAAAUCAAAAGGAAAUAGUUAAUUAUUUUCUGGGUGACAUAAACGAAUGCCCCACUAACUUGUGUAGAACCAUAUCAGGAACCUUCGUCAUAGAUUUUGAUGAAGAUAGUAAUUGUAAUCCAAAUUGUCAUAAAGCAUUAGUAAAGAAGUCGGAUUCAGGAAGUGUGAAGUUAUUAGUCAACGUUCCUGACACAAAAA